UGCUUCCUGUAUUUAGAAAGUUAGCAACACCCUGGUCACCGCCCCGAGCUACCUUGCGCUCAGUUUUUGACCUCCGUUGCUGAGCACUCCAUAGUCCUAUACUAGCUACAGAGAGCAACUGUUGACUUAUAUUGCUAAUCGAAUUGUUGGUCUGCAGGAUGUCGCUACCAAGACAGCUGAGAGACGAGAGUGACUUUGACCAGCUGCCCAACGAUGUCCCAAUAUCGGCCACCGUUGCUGACAUUGAGGAGAAGAAAGGGUUCAUCGUCUAUUAUCAAUUUGUGAUUGAAGUGAAGAAUAAAGGGGGCUCUAAGUACCUCAUAUACCGGCGGUACCGACAGUUCCUGACACUUCACCAGAGUCUGGAGCUGAAGUUCUCCCCUGAGACACAGAUGGCCACGUACUCCUGCACCUUACCCACACUGCCUGGGAAGGUGUUUAUGGGGAAAAAACAGGAGAUAGCAGAAAACAGAAUUCCAGAACUCAACACUUACAUGAAGAAGCUGUUGAGCUUGCCCACCUACGUGCUGCUGGAGGACGUGGUCAGGAUGUUCUUCUACCAGAGCGAGUCCGACAGCCAACAGAUCCCCCGGACCCUGCGUCGGCUCCGCCCCCCCACGCGCAGAGUGAAGACGGUCAAAACGAAGCCUGACCUGCUGUCUUCCCCCAGAGCUGAGGCGAUGUUCGACUUCAGCGCGAGCGGGAAACUGGAGUUGAGCCUGCGGGCUGGGGAGGUGAUCUUCCUGCUCAGGAGAGUCAACGCCGACUGGCUGGAGGGAACAGUGAGGGACAGGACGGGCAUUUUCCCUCUGUCCUUUGUGAAGAUCAUUAAGCCCCUCCCAGAAAGUGACUCGGAGGGGGAGGGGAAGACCUCGUCGGGGAAGAUGGGACCCCCAGCAGGGUCCUACAGCUGCCUCCGUUGCUACCUCCACCAGGGCCAGGACAUUGAGACCAGGGACGUCUGUGUAGAAGAAGAGCUCUCCACCCAGCCUGCCUACAGCGAUCUGCUCACUCUUAUGAGGGAGGUGUUCAAGCUGGAAGACAUAGCGCUGAACUAUCGCGACCCGGAAGGGGACCUCGUUCGCAUUCUGGAUGACGAGGACAUCGAGCUGAUGGUCAUCGAAGGCAGGCGCCACGGUUCGGCGGUUAAGCGGCCCGUCAACCAGUUCCCAUGGCAACUGCACGUCACGCUGGCCUCCGACCUGUCUGUGUACAGCACCGAAUUCUAAGGGGCGUGCGUGCGUGCGUGCGCUCUGCGCUCGCAAGUGUGCAGGCGUGUGCCUUUCAGGCCGCAGUGUGUCUUUGCCCUGAAACGAUGGUGUGAGGAAGCUGGAGCCCACUCUGCUCUCAUGGAGCAUUCUGCUUUUCCCACAUUUUGCAGUGACCACCCGUAUGUCCACAGUUGCUCAUGAAAUGAAGGCAAAUCGCUCGCCACGCUUGCAUCACAAAUUGUUGCGCCCUUGGGUACACACUCUGGAUUUACACAGCCACUGUUCUGCAGUACAAAUCAGGCCACACUUCAAAAACGAAAGACACGAGCUGUCCUCAGUAAACAUUUUUUUCUUUUAUGACUGAGUCAUGGUAAAACCUUACAGGGUACGUCGUGCAGGAAAUAAAGUUUUCUGUACCAGAA